AUGAAUUCGUUAAGCAGGUCUUGGCGAAGUAUAUGGAGAAGUGCGUCUACAGUUUGGCUGCUAGUUUUAUCGUUUUUCGAAUGGUUGUUUUCAGCGACCUCGAUUUCGCAAGCGCGUGGAUUCGAUCAUCGAAAAGGACAAACACUGUUAAAACGCGAUUGCUGUACUUGGGAAGAUUGGAAGGAAUUAGCAGCGACUGUGGAUAAGAAGUCUGGGCGUUGGAAAGCGAGAUUCGAUCCCAUUUCGGACAAGUACGACUAUUCCCUAAUUGAACGAUGCACCUCCACCUUGAAGCUUUAUCGAACGAAGGAGGAAGCGUAUCCCAUGCUCAUGUUCUUGCGUUCAAGCUUGUUGCGUAAUUUUGGUAAUAUUGGCGAUUCAGGGCUUUACACUGAAAAUUACUCAGGAACAAAAAUUUUAAUAGAAGAUUACGUACGAGAAGUAAAUCGCUGUUUGGAGUUUCUUUUUUUCACAAACAAGCUAUCCAUUGAGGAAAAACAUGGCUUUUAUUCUGCUGCGAAAAUAUCCUUCGGCACCACUUGCUUAUACUUCAAUGGUGGCACCGCCUUUGGGUUGUAUCACUUUGGCGUAGCAAAAGCCUUGUGGGAAAGAGAUCUGUUACCAAGAGUACUCGCUGGUUCGGCUUCUGGUGCGUUGAUUGCUGCUUUUGUAGGAGUGCAUCGCGAUGAGGAACUGGACGAUCUUUUUCAAACAUUCCCCAAUAAAUUGUGGGAGAUUUGUAAAAACAUUUCGAUGAUUGCUUCUUUUGUCCAUAAAUGUGUUGGAGAUUUGACUUUCCAAGAGGCCUUUGAGAAAACAAAUCGCGCGAUCAAUAUUAUAGCACCCCCAUCAGUCACUUCCGGUUCUCCUCAAGUUUUAAAUUAUCAUACAGCGCCAAAUGUUUUAAUAUGGAGUGCCGCUUGUGCCAGCAAUAGUUGGGCUGCGAUCUACCGAUCAACAAGCUUGUUAGCAAAAUCGCCGGAUGGCACUGUCGAAGUCUGCACUCCUGAGAAUUUUGUUUGGCCGUAUGCGAGCAUGCAUCACCCUACCCGUCCCAACCCUUACGCUAGAAUUUCUGACCUUUUUAAUGUUAAUCAUUUUAUCAUUACUCAGUCCCGUCCCUCCCUUUUCCCGACAUUUCACGACGAAUUAUACCAUCACACCCACACUGGCUAUACAUUAAAAAUGAUUCGUCUCUUUGGUUUGGAAAUGGCCUACCGUUUUCGCCAAAUGGACAUACUUGGCCUUUUACCUAUUAAAUUAAGACGCUUUUUAGUGGAUGACUUUAUCCCAAGCGCUUAUAUAACGCUCACUCCUACAUUCUCAUUUAGUGAUAUAAAGCAUGCCUUUACGAAGCCCUCUCUACAAGAUAUUCAGUAUUGGAUUUUGGUAGGCGAGCGUGCUACGUGGCAAGCUAUCCCGUUACUGCAGAUACGAUGCAAGAACGAGUUAUCAUUAAAUAACUACUGCGAGCAAAUAGGUUUUAGUAAAACAGCUAAAAUUCCUUUAGACUCUACCUCAACUCCAUUUACCGUGGCACUGGAGGAAAGCGAAGAUAAACUGUUAAGAAAUUUCAAAGUUAAGUAGAUACCUAUAUCUUUUUCUUCCUAUCAUAGAUUAACACUAAUUUAUUAUAUGAAAUCUAAUUUUUGACAUCUACAUUUAAGUUCUGUUCGUUUGGCUAAUUUAUG